UGAGUUCUCCUGGAGGUGUCUCCAACUCUAAGGAUUCCUCCAGUUUGCUUUGCAGCCGAGAUCAGAAGCAGCUUUUUUCUAUCUCUGCCAUUCCCUGCUUGCGCCUUCUUGGAACAUCAGAAAGAAAGGGGGGAGUUUUAAAGAACGUGAAAGUUGGAGCUGACAGUUGCCAGAUUCAACAGUGACGUAGGCUGCAGGCUCGCGCGCUUGCUUGCUGGGGACACAGUUUCUCACACUCUUCUUAGAAACAUGGCCAGCUGUGUGUAGCACCUCCAGCAGGUGCAAGAGCACAGACCUUGACGCACCAUGUGGAGGGCCCUGUUUUCCGCUGUGUACCUGCUUGGCAUCUUCUCUGAGAGCUGCAGAGGAGGGAAGCUGCCGGUGUUUCAAGAAGGGGAGAAGUGUCCACUUAUGCAGAAAGAAGGUCUCCGGCUGGACCAGAGCAGUGAUGAAUUCGUAAAUAUAACUGGAUUUAAUCUGAUCAAAAGGUUUGCUCUUCUGAAGACCUCAUCCGUUAAGAAAAUCCGCAAUCCCAAAGGCCCGAUGAUCCUCCGAUUAGGCAACGCCUCCGUGGUCCGUCCGACGGAAAAGCUGUUUCCCCAGGGCUUGCCAGAUGAAUUCACUGUGAUCAUCACUCUACUCUUGAAGAAGCAGACCACCAAAGAGAACUGGUAUCUCUUCCAGAUCACCGACCCUCAGGGAUACCCCCAGCUCUCCCUGGGGAUCAACAGCAAAGAGCGGAGUCUUGAAUUCCAGGCCAAGGACGGUCAUGGGGAACCUAUUGGCGUAGUCUUUGCUGGCAAAGGCAUCACCUCCCUUUUUGACUUGAAGUGGCACAAAAUGGCCAUCAGCAUUCAAACCCAGGUGGUCUCGGUCCAUGUCGACUGCAGUUACAUCUCCUCUAAGCCCCUGCAGCUCCGCCAACGGCUGGUCAGUGAAGGCAACGCUUUCGUGGGGCUGGAUGCAGUGCAGGGGACUCCGGUGAUGUUUGACAUUCAACAGCUGCACAUUUAUUGCGACCCAGCCAUGGCAAUGCACGAGGGAUGUUGCGAGAUCUCUGACAAUGGGUGUUUUCCGGAAGCCUCUAAAACCCGUCGGGACGUGGAAGUCAUGGAGAACAAUGACUUGAUUGAGAUCAACCCCCAGACGGAAGGCAAGGUUUAUACGCGCUGUUUCUGCCUAGAAGAACCUCAGAGCAAGCAGGAGGUGAGAGCCUCUGGGAAGGUUGCUGUGAAAGGAGAUCAAGGAGAGAAGUGUCCUCCAUGUCAGCAGAGGUCACCAUAUGCAAAUGCUACCCUGGGUCCUCCUGGUUUGAAGGGUGGGAAAGGUGAACGGGGACCUCCAGGAGUGUACGGAUCCAAAGGCGAGAAAGGUGAUCGUGGUGCUGACUGUGUCCGGAUCUCACCUGAAGCCCCAUUACAGUGUGCCGAAGGCCCAAAAGGAGAAAAGGGAAACCAAGGAGAAAAGGGGCUUCCAGGAUUGAUUGGAUCUCUCGGGCAAAAGGGGCAGAAGGGUGAUAAAGGUGACUUUGGGCUUCAAGGCAGACCAGGCAGCCCUGGGCGAGAUGGCCGACCUGGAGAGAUAUGUGUGAUAGGACCCAAAGGCCAGAAGGGGGACCCAGGUUUUGUUGGCCCCGAAGGGCUUGCUGGGGAACCAGGACCCCCUGGGUUGCCAGGUCCACCUGGAAUUGGCCUUCCAGGAAAACCAGGCAAUCCUGGUGGUCCCCCAGGUUUGAAAGGAGAGAAGGGGAGUUCAGGACCUCCAGGGGACAGUGGAUCCACUGGGAAGCCAGGCAAACCAGGGAACCCUGGCUGGAAAGGUGAAAAGGGUGAUCCAUGUGAAGUCUGCCCCACUAUUUCUGAAGGAAACCAAAUCAGCCUCCCUGGGAAACCAGGAGCCAAGGGGGAACCUGGACCACCUGGGAAACCAGGCAAAUCAGAUAAACCUGGGCCUCCAGGAGUCAAAGGCAACAGGGGGGACCCUGGGAUUAAUGGCAUUAAAGGAGAAAAGGGCGAGCCCUGUUUGUCAUGCAGCCCCAUCAUUCUUCCAUCUUCACUGAAAGAUCCUGGGAAAAAAGGGUCUGAAGGAAACGGUUCAUUGGUCGGGCUUCCUGGGCUUCCUGGCAAAAGUGGCCUUCCAGGACUGGCUGGAUCUAAAGGAGAAAAGGGAGACCCUGGACCUUUGGGACCGAUGGGCAAACCUGGAACCCAGGGGAAUAAAGGGGACACUGGAAGUGCGGGUGUCAAAGGCGAGAAGGGAGAACCAUGCGUGUCCUGCUCUGCUCCUGCAGAAGGCGGAGAGGUUGCAAUCACUGUACCAGGGCCUCCAGGGGAAAAGGGUGAACCAGGUCUCCCCGCGACUGGGCUUCCUGGAAAACAAGGAAUACCUGGAGAAGCAGGAGUAAAAGGGCAGAAGGGUGAUGCAGGAAACCCAGGUGAUCCGGGCACACCUGGCGAAGCAGGUUUACCUGGCCUUUCUGGUGAGCCUGGCAUCAGAGGACCAGAAGGGGUGAAAGGUGAAAAGGGGGAAGCUUGUGAGUCGUGUCCCAUCAUCGACACAAACCUAUCUGGAGCAGUUGGUAUCCCAGGGAAACCUGGUCCAAAGGGGGACCAUGGUCUUCCAGGUGUGGGACAGCCAGGCAAACCUGGAAAACCAGGACUCCCAGGUAUUCAAGGGCCUCCUGGCUUGAAGGGGCUACAGGGGGAACCAGGUACCCCUGGUGUAGGAAUUCAAGGGCCAGAAGGAGAACCUGGGCAGAAAGGUUCACCAGGAAGUCCAGGGCCUCCAGGACCUCAAGGUCCAUCAGGAAAUGUUGGAGUAAAAGGUGCAAAGGGCUCACCAGGUCUCAAAGGCGCCAUCGGUCCUCCUGGGCCUCCAGGUCCACACAUUACUGGCCCACAGGGUCCAGAAGGCCAGCGGGGCCUCCCCGGAGUUCCUGGUUCCAGUGGUUUAAUGGGUGAAAAAGGAGCCAAAGGUGAGAAGGGAGAUUCUGGUGAAUGCACCUGCCAGCCCGGCUCUCGCCUGGACCCAAACUAUGUUGGUCUUCCGGGCGCUCCGGGACUGUGGAUCGGGACUUCCUGGCAGCCUCAGCCGGGCCCUCAGGGACCUCCAGGUGCUCCAGGACCUCCAGGACCACCAGGAGCCCCUGGAAGACAGGGCAUCCCAGGACACAAUGGCCUGCCGGGACUGCCUGGGCCAGCGGGUGAAUUGGGGCCACUACCAGUAGAGAGCCUUCCUCCAACAAAGAACAUCUGUGGAGACUGCAGCUUCCAAGGCACUGGUGGAUUGAAAGGAGAAAAGGGGGAUCAGGGACAGCCUGGAGCUCCUGGCAUAGAUAACUGUGCGCAGUGCCGCUCUGACUUCCCUGCAGAAGAGCCUCAGCCUGAUAACGAUGAUCCAAAUUGUCCCGAAGGAUUUCCUGGAAGACCUGGCUAUCCUGGAGAGAGAGGCGAGCAGGGCCCACCAGGCUUACGAGGCUCGCCAGGCCCCCCCGGACCAACUGGCCCCCCAGGUUUUCCUGGAAUUCCUGGCCCACCUGGAUUACCUGGACUCCAGGGUGAACGUGGGCCAUCUGGAUUCCCUGGCUCCAAGGGAGAACCUGGUCCUCCAGGUCAGCCUGGAUAUCCUGGAUCUGCAGGAUCCCCUGGACUCCCUGGUGCUAAAGGGGAACGGGGCUACGUUGGACCCUCAGGAGAGAAAGGAGAAUCGGGGCCCCCUGGCUUGGAUGGACCUGUAGGACCCGCAGGACCCACAGGCCCCAGAGGUGAGCGAGGAUUGCCAGGCAGUUCAGGAGAAAAAGGCGACCAGGGUUUUCAAGGCCAGCCUGGUUUUCCAGGGGCGCCGGGUCCUCCAGGCUUUCCAGGAAAAGCAGGGCCCCCUGGACCUCAAGGACCCCCUGCAGAAAAGGGCAGCGAAGGGAUGCGUGGGGCUCCUGGCACGGCUGGUUCCCCUGGGCCUCCAGGACAGCCUGGACUGCAAGGUCCACCUGGCCUGGAGGGACAGGAUGGGAAGGACGGGAAACCAGGGUCACGGGGUGACUCAGGACCACCGGGACCUCCAGGAAUGAUGGGACCUCCAGGAUUCAAAGGGAAACCAGGCCACCCUGGCCUGCCAGGACAGAAGGGUGACUGUGGUAAACCAGGAAGUCCCGGAAAUCCUGGCCGACCUGGAGCUGAGGGGGAGCCAGGUCCUCUGGGGCCUCAAGGUAGACCAGGCCCUCCUGGACAUGGUGGUCCACCUGGAAGCCCUGGCCAGCCUGGUCCAUCAGGUCUUGCUGGAGUUGGUCAGAAAGGUGAGCGGGGAUCUCCUGGAGAAAGAGGCCUCAGUGGGCUCCCAGGCCAGCCAGGAACACCAGGUCACCCUGGUCCACCGGGUGAGCCAGGCUCAGAUGGACUGACAGGCAAAGAGGGGUCUCCUGGAAAACAAGGUCUUCCUGGUCUUUCUGGACAGAAAGGGGACCAUGGCCCUCAAGGGGAGAUGGGGCACCCUGGAGAGAAAGGCAGAGCAGGGGUGCCAGGAGCCCCAGGAAAAAGCGGCGAAAUGGGCCCUAUGGGACCACGUGGGUCCCCUGGGGAGAGAGGACAGCCUGGUCCACCUGGCCCCACGGGGAACCCUGGGAACCCAGGAUUGCCGGGGACAUCGGGAGAUGUCAUCAGCUAUGACCAAAUCCGGAUGUUCAUCAGAGAAGAGAUGCACAAAAUGUUUGAUGAGCGGAUGCCGUACUACGCUCCCCGACUGCCGGUCUCAGCGGUAGAAUUCGCUUCCCAGCCGGGGAGACCAGGACCGCCUGGUAAAGACGGAGCGCCGGGACGGCCGGGAUCUCCUGGUUCCCCAGGGCUGCCUGGACAGAUUGGAAGGGAGGGCCGGCAAGGCCUGCCAGGCAUGAGAGGUGAGCCCGGAAUCAAAGGAGAAAAAGGAGACAAAGGGACUGGAAUCAUGGGGGAGACUGGACCACCAGGCCCUCCAGGGAUCCAGGGGCCUCCAGGCUAUGGGAAAAUUGGUCUUCCAGGGCCCAUGGGGCAGCAGGGUAUUCCAGGCAUCCCAGGGCCACCAGGAAUUACUGGCCCUCCUGGGAAAGCAGGUCACUGCAAUCCUUCAGACUGUUUUGGCAUGAUACCGAUGGAGCAGCCCAUGUACCAGCCCAAAAGCAUGAAGGGGCCGUUAGGCUAAAGAGUUUCCUUUCCCCCCCACAAAGGACUCCAUUUGGAAUAGCCAAAGAUCAAGUCUUCCUGACUAGCUGUGAUGAUGCUUUCAUUGUUGUUAAUAUUUUGACUAUAUUUUUCUCCAGUGGAGUUCAACUUCUUACCAUGAUGGCAUUUUUUUUUAAAGAACAACCAGGAUAUCUAUGUCUGUGUGUGUGUGUGUGAGAGAGAGAGGAUUUGUGCGUGUGAAUGUCUCCAUAUUCUGACUUAAGUUUAUCCAUGGUCAGCAAAAUACACUUCAAAACAAAACUUCAACCUCUCCCUUGUUGAUGGGAAGAUCCUGCACAUUGUUUUCAUGCCUCAUUAGGAAUUAUUAUUAUUUCUACAACGUAGGCAGAAUCUGUUGAAAAAUUCAAGAAAAUAUGCAAAGGGGGAGAAAGAAAGGGGGAAUGCUACGGUUUAACUCCAGUUUCAAUUGGAUUUUCCCUUUUGGCAUGAGUUAUAAUGGAAGUCUGGAAGGUGAGAGAUGAGAAGUUCCAAAAUGGAAUUGGUAGGACAAAGCUGCAUGUCUUUGUUCUAUCAGUUCCCUCCAGAUCUGUUUAGAGUCCAACCAGCAGGACCAUUGCAAAUCAGGAAGCUGUCACCUAACAUAUAGAGAGAGCACAAGCUGGGAAAGUCUGCCCUAUCUAGUAUUUAAACACCUCUCUUGGAGUAAAUUGCACAACUAAAUCCAGUGAGAUUGACUUCAGUAAAUAUACAUGAGAUUGUACUGAAAACACGUCAUUUCGUAGCUUGGAGACAUUUCCCCCCUAAUUGGAAAUGUAAACGUGGGAACAAAGAUUAAAAUAUUAAACAUGGUUGUGUCCUUGGAGGGUAAAAAUCUAAGAAGCUCCUGAAGCUUAAAAAAAAAAAAUUAAAAAAAGUUGUGUGGUAUUUCGGAUGCGUGCAUGGAGGUAUCAUCUUAUGGUGUAAUUACUUUUCCAGAUGUCCAACAUACUGUUUUCUUCCUGUUGUACGAAAUGUGUGGGACCAUGUACUUCCUGGAAUUAAUUAAUGUUUCUUGAAUGUUCCUGUUUUGUUUUUUGUUUUUCAUUUUUUAUCAAAUAUAUUGAGCUUCAUCCAAACCAGCACCUACUUCUAGUUGCUCAUACAUCUGGGCAUCAGAAGUGGGAGAUCUUGGAGGACUUGGAGCAGACGAGACGAAAGGAGACCGGGGUGAGAGGGGUCACUGUCUGUGGCUAAGAUGACCUCCCCGUGGGCAAUUGUGGAGGGAGUGAACGACAUCGCACGCCUGGGGACAUCUUCACACAAAUGGCCUAAAUUAUCUUAUUUGCACGGAUACAAAUUACAUAAUUCACGUCAUUUGCACGAUGACCUCAUGACACACGUGAUGUUGUUGUUGCUUGUAGCAGACACCUGCAACUUCAUCUGAUCACAGCAAAGGAAAAAAAAAAAUCUUUGCUUAACCCCCCCACUUUGCCCCCAAGGGAUCUGAAAGAUCUUCCUUCAGACUUCAAAUCAGGGGCCUUCAGAAACUGGAACUGGAAGCAAUUUAAGCUGUUUAUGCGGCCACACAGACCCAUCUAUCAACUCUCCCCAGACUUCCCCCACCCUGGGCACAGGGAUUGUGUGAACACCCCAUUACACACCAUGUGCCCCUCUCAUCCUUGGCCCCAAAAGGGUCUCCCAUAGAGGAGAGUCUAUCUCACAUCUGGGCAGUGGAUCCCAAUAGUUAGUCACCACCGUAACUGUUUCAAUAAACGAUGCCUUGUUCCCUAA